AUGGGUUUACUGAUAGUAAUCUUCUGCAUGGCAUUAUUUAGUUCACCGUCUGCCAGCUGCCCUCCUGGAGAAUAUCAGAUCAAUGAAUUAUGCUGUCCUAUGUGUAACAGUGGUACAGUUGUGAAAACUCAUUGCUCUUCAACCAGCUAGUAGCAAUGUGUGCAUACCGUGUGUUAAAGGAACAUACAUGGACCAUCCCAACGGAGUCACUAAAUGUGCAAAAUGUACAGAAUGUGAUACUGGAGCUGGGCUGUUGGAAAAAAAGGAAUGUACAUAUACUUCAGACACAGUGUGUGAUUGCAAACCUGGUUAUUACUGUUCAGGUGAAAAUAGUCCAUGUGAUUUAUGCCGACCACAGAGGAUCUGUACCACUGGGCAAUAUGUUAAAGUACAGGGAACCACAAAAACAGAUCAUGAGUGUGAAGACUGCCCCCCUGGUCACUUCAGUACUGAGAAUAUGGCAAUCACCUGCCAAGCAUGGACUAAGUGCAGUGAACUGGAUCAAGUGCAAUCCAUGCAGGGAACAUUCAAUUCGAAUUCUGUUUGUGUGGAUCGGAGGCGUCAUCUUGCUAUUAUCCCCGCUUGUGUACUUUACCUUUAGUCAUAAUACUGUUGAUUUUAUAUUUAAAAGAUGGCAUUAGGAAAAGUAAGUCAAACUACAAACCAUAUAUGUACUUGGAGGCGGACAUAUUUACUCAUACCACAUGCAGUUUCUUCCUUCAGCCUAUUAGUUGUGUAGAAGGAUUUUUCUUUUAUGCUUCACUUAUUACAACUCAAUAG